AUGCGUCGCGGUCUCACAAUACGUGGCGAAAUUCGCCGUUCGCGGCGCGUUCGCGUCGCGGUCCUGAAGAUGUCUCGACGUGGUGAUGUUGAUGCGAAGGUGUACAUUGGUGGUCUUCCACACGAUGCAACGUCACAAGAGAUCGAAGACACGUUUCAUCGAUUUGGUCGUAUUCGCAAAGUAUGGGUGGCUCGUCGUCCACCUGGUUUUGCAUUUGUGGAGUUUGAGGACACAAGAGACGCUGAGGACGCUGUGAAAUCUCUCGAUGGAUCUCGCAUCUGCGGAGUACGUGCUCGCGUUGAAUUAUCUCAUGGCAAGCGUCGUAAUGGUGCAAGUGGAGGAGGUCGUGGUUAUGGAGGUGGACACGGAGGUCACGCUCUCGCAGUCGUUCUCCUCCUCCUCGUCGUUGUUCGAGGUCGCGUUCUCCAUGUGAUAGAAGGAGCAACAGCAGAAGUCGCAGUCGCUCGCCGUAAAAUGGACGAGUAA